AUGAAUCUGUAUCAUGUUUUGGAGAUGAUCGGGGAGGGGUCCUUCGGACGAGUUUACAAAGGCCGAAAAAAGUUCAGUGGACAGGUGGUAGCACUCAAGUUCAUCCCGAAAACCGGUCGCUCUGAAAAGGAGCUCCGAAGUCUGAAAAGAGAGAUAGAAAUCAUGCGAGGGCUUAGACAUCCCAACAUAGUGCUUCUCCUGGACAGUUUUGAGACGGAGACAGAGGUGGUGGUUGUGACUGAAUAUGCAGAGGGAGAGCUGUUCCAGAUCCUGGAGGAUGAUGGGAGUUUACCGGAGUGCCAGGUGCAUGAGAUAGCCUGUCAGCUGGUCUCAGCUCUGUACUAUCUGCACUCCCAUCGGAUCCUGCACCGAGACAUGAAACCACAGAACAUCCUUCUGGGAAAGGGGGGUGUGGUUAAACUCUGUGACUUUGGGUUUGCCCGUGCCAUGAGUGUAUCCACCAUGGUUCUGACCUCCAUUAAAGGCACUCCUCUGUACAUGUCCCCCGAGCUGGUGGAAGAGAAGCCCUAUGACCACACAGCUGAUCUCUGGUCUUUGGGCUGCAUUCUCUACGAGCUCCACACGGGGGCGCCACCGUUCUACACCAACUCCAUUUUCCAGCUGGUUCACCUUAUUGUGAAGGACCCGGUGAAGUGGCCCGAGAAUAUGGGCCAAGACUGCACGAGUUUUCUGAAAGGUUUGUUGACCAAAGACCCUCAGAAAAGACUGUCGUGGCCCAACCUCCUUCAACACCCGUUUGUCGCCGACGGAGUUCUGGUUCUGUCUGACGAGGGUGGGAGUAGCCCCCUGACGGUUACGCCCACCCCCGACAUGCAGGCUCUAAAGCAGCAGCAGGUGGCUGAGAAGACAGCGCCCCACGGUGGAGAGAGCAGGCUACUGCGCAAGGCCAAGGAGCGGAGGGAGGAGGAGAAAAGGAACAGAUCGGACCAGCUGAAGAAUGGAAAUACUGUUCAGGCACGCUCAAAGACAGCCCCUGCUGGAAAGGUCCCCACCACAGAUUCCUGUAAAGCAGAUCAUAAUUUAAAUCAACAAACAGGCCAUAUCCAGCAGGUCUCCAGGGUUCAUUCAGCCCCCUGUAAGGGGCAGAUCAGCAGGGACUAUGAGCGUGAGUUUCCCUCGGUGGAGGUCGGACCCAGGCAGGUUCUGAAGCACUCUGGACCCAGCCAGGCCAGCCUGGCCUCUGUGAGGAUGGACAGCGAGGUUAGUGAGGCUGACAGUGACGAAGAGUGGCAGCGAUUGGCUGAGGUGACAGACUGGGCCAAUCAAGUCUCUCUGACACCUCCCAUCCACCAGCGUCUGAAGGACAAGCUGCUGACAUCCAAGGAUCAGCUGUUAGAUGGGACAUUGGAGGGAGAAGUUCAGUUCUGUCAGCCACUCAGGGUUCUGAGAAAAUUCAUCAUGACGUCAAGUCCGGAUGACGGCAAGAGGGUCGCCAUGGAAAUCGGCCUACCUCACAUCCUCUUUGGGACGAUCCAGGACAUCCUGAGAGAUCCCGACCUGGUUCACAAGCCGUGGAGCGCGGCAGUACUGGGAGAUCUGAUGUGUGUGCUCAUCCUGUACUGGGAGAGGAAUGCUGACUGGGAGAUGAAGGAGAAACGACCGGAGGAGCUGUGCCAGUCCUUUGUGUGGUUGUUUCUGUGUCCCGACCUGAACCCCCUGGCACCUUUAGCAGCCUGUGUUCUGACUCUCUUCACUCACCGUGGAGUGUCUGUGGAGGUUGACAUAAAGAACCUCAUUUCCGUACUGGAGUGUCUCCUCACUGAUUCAGACAAGUUUUAUCACCCUGUGCCCCCGGGCUGGGCCCUCUGUGACGGGGUGCUGUCAUUAAUCCUGUAUUCCUUCUCAGAGCGCGAAUCCGAUCUGUUGCCCGAUUUCAUGGAAUCUGAACUUUGGCGCCACCUGUGGGCUAAAGUUGGCACCUCACUGGGGAAGUCAGGUUCUAAGACAGAAUUUCUCUCCUGCAAUGGACUGUAUGUGCUCCUGUCACUGGCUCUGUUUCUGUGCUCGAGAGAGCCGCACGGUUGUGUCCAGCUGUUCUCUGACAGAACCACAAACUGUGUUCUCACGCUCAGCCGUCUCCUCACUGCUGACUGCAGCACGGAGUUUGACCGUGGGCUUUUCUGGGGUGACCAGGGCAUGAACAGCCUGACGGUCAUCAGCUGUCACCUGCUCUGUUUUCCAUUUGCCCUCCAGUUACCCCAAGAGAAAAUGAUGGCAAUUCUCCAAUCAUAUCAAAGCUCUAACAUUGUGACCAGUUUGGUACAGGUGAUUCAGACACUGCACCCUUCUCUCUUGGAGCUCCCCCUCUUGCUGCUGUGUAGGGUCGUACUGUCCGACCCCCAACGAAACGCACCCUGCCUCAUCACGGCAGCCAAAACGUGCCAGUUCUUCUCCCAAAACAGCGGCUCAACCCUCACUCAAUAUCACCUUCCCAAGAACACGAAAGAACCGUCAAAAACCAACGGUCACCAGUCCAAGAGACUGGUAACGCAGACUAGAGCUAGUGGAGAGAAACCAAAGCAUAAAAUAGACCAAUCAAAAGCGAGCCAGGAUAAACACAGCAGAAACUCAUCAAAUGCUCAAAGCCUAAGGCUGUCUAAGAGCAGGACAGAGUGGUCAAGGGGAAGGAUGGAAAGGUUGAAAGGUAAGGGAGAACUGCAGAAGAGCAGUAUGGAGGCGCUUAGGGAGAGCUUAGACCGGCACAGCGGAGGUGUGGAGCAGCUCAUAGACAGUCUAGACCCCUGCAGGAGUCUCACUGACCACCUGCAGGAUUUCACUCACCAGCGCAGGAGUCGUGUGAACCAGUUGUGGGACAGCCUGGAGCAGCAAGCCAGGGGCAGCGGGGACUUUGCCGGGGGCAACGGAGCUUGUCUGCAGGCCGUGGACGCUGUAGGUCAGUCUCCCGGAGCUGGAGUCAGGACGGUCAGCUCCCUGCUCUCCGUCCUCCUGCAGACCUCCUCUCUGAGCAGCUCAGCGGCAGAACUCCUGUCUCUGCUCUCCCAAACCGCCCGGUUCUCCCCCCGUCCCUCUCUCUCCCUGCUUCCCGUGGACCCCGCCCUGCUGCAGCUCGCCCUGCGUCACCACGACGACGGGGUCCGGGCCGCCUGCUGCGGCCUGCUGGGCUGCCUGGAGCCAGAUGUCACCGCGGACGCCGAAACCAAAAUGGACUGGACCCUGGGACCCUCCCUGUUCCACGAGCUGAUUGGACGACUGGUCGAUCCUGCCCCGUCGGUACGGAGGUGGGCCUGCAGGGCAGUGGGGAACUGGAUUUGUCUCAUCAGCUCCGCAGGGCCGAGGGACGAGGCACCGCACAAAGACCGGGAGCUUCCGGAAGGUUCUAAAAUCGUGGGGAGGAGCAGUAGCGUUCCCGUGCUGGGAAAGGGAUUGAAGGGGAGUAAGGAGAGAGAGGGCCGUAGACGAGGGAGUCAGGAGGACUCCUCCACCCCGUUAAAGAGAGGGGAGUUUGGUAUGAAGGAGGAGAUCUGGAUAAAGGCUGCCCUGGGUGCCACUGCUCCCCUUGUCUCCCUACUGAGGGACGCAGACGCUGUCAUACGCCAACACUGCUGCGUCUCCCUGGGCAACCUGGCUGCGGUCGAAGGCGGGGUCGGGGCCCUGCUCGACACGGAUGCUCCGCGCCUGCUUCUGGACGCUGCUCGCGGCGACUCCCAUCAUGCAGUGCGACGGGCGGCCAGAGCUACGGUGCGCGGGUUCUGCCAGCAGGAUGCGCUACUGCAGGCUCUGAGCUGCGUGGAAGCCCGGAGAGACGCUCCGUCAGGCAUCCCAGAGUGCUUCACUGCAGAGCCAGUUCCAGUGGCUGGUCAGUCAGCUGGGUGGCACUGA